UUCAAGCGGCCAUUUUCAACUACUAAAUGAAAGUGUGCGAGAGCGAGAGCAGCAGCAGCGAGGCGCGUCACCGCCGUAGCUAGACGGUGACGUCGGGGCGCUCAGGAGGGGAGCCGCGCAUGCGUUCUAUUUUUAGACAGGUCCAAAGGUUUCGACGUCGAGAACUCGGGAGGCAUCGAGAAAGGCAUGUAGUUAUUAUUAUCUAACGGUCGUUAUCGGUCAACCACAACAACCAUGUAGAUGACGAGGGAAUGGUCAUCGUCGUCGUCGCUUUGGUAAAAUUCGACGGCAAAUUGGAUUGCCGGAGUCGGAUGCUGGAGACGUCCGUUUUACGGGCAAGAAACAUAUUUGAGAAAUAAUUUCAUUAUUUCAAUGGUCAAAGAGUGGGGCUCCCCUCUACGAGCUCUGUGUGCAAACAGUGCAAGCCACGUGGUGCAAGCACUCUGCAACUCUGCGCAGGUUGAACUGGGUUCAACAAACGACCAAACGACGUGCGAUCACGUGCGACCUUCACAAGAUUCGUAAGUCUAAAAAAGAUUCAUAAGUCUUUGGACGGACGUAAACGUAUAUGGACGUGUUUCACCCAACUGAAAUUUUUGAACGCGGCUGACGCAAUCAGACGUAUCAUUCCUUUUAUCCUUUAGCCCUUUUAUCGUUCCAAUACCUAAAGGAGAGACGGGUAUCAUCACGAAGACUUGCGACUUUUGACGGGAUCAUAUUGGUUGAAAACGUGCUAAAAGAAGUAGAGCGAGAGAGCGCAUAUCGACACUUCGGAACGACCAUGGCGAGGAUAAGCUUCAAAGUGUACUUUAUGAACGAGAAUCCAUGGACUUGCAGGAAAGUGCACAGAUUCGACAUCGACGCCGAUGUUGCAAUGAAUUUCAUGUAUCUUUGCGAAAAGUUGCAAACCGUCUUCCUGAGCCUACGGGGUAAGAGCUUCACUGUCGGCUGGAAGGAUGAAGAAAAUGAAACCAUUACCAUAUCUACUAACAAAGAGUUAGAAAUCGCACUUGAAAACAUGGCUAAGAAAGAUGUCUAUGAACUGUAUGUCUUCCUGAAAUUAGAGCGAGACAUGUCAAAAGAUAUGCAUGGUUUUAGCUUCAAGUACAUGGAAUGUCCAGAUUACGACUUGUGGACUGAUUGCAUGAAUCUUGACAAUCAUUUGGAGCAUUACAUGGUCCGCAUAAUACAGUCGAUCAAGUGGCUGAUCUACUAUGGCUUUUGGUUUGCUCACCACAUGUACAAAUUCAUAAAGACAAUGGCGCAGCAGCACAAAAAGAAUAAGCGCAGAUACACACGACAUGAGAGGAAACGAACUGGUUGUCCAAUGUUCACCACAGAUGAUGAAAGCGAUUGGGUCUGUCAUGAGCAGAAGUGGUUUAAGAAACAACAUAAGGAAUCGUCCGCCGAAGCUGCGACCGAGACGACGGAGAAUCUUCGGCAGGAAGCAACUAGACAGCUAUCUUUCUCGCAUUCAUUAAUAAAGAUUAAGGAUAACAUUUCCUACCUCUUACAGUUGCUGGAUUCACUAAACAUUAACGUCACUGUGACGAGCGACAAUAAUUCCGCUAAGAAACCCACAGACAACGCGCAGAUGAAGACUAGUAGGCAAAAGCGAGUUCUGGUGAGUCUUCAGAGGACUCCGCUAAGAAAUUCCCCGCCUAUACCAUCUGCGCCGCCAGCACCAGAGGCAGAAAACAUCGGUUGGCGAUAUAGGCUUCCAACUCCGUCAAACCAGGAAAUGUAUCCACCCUUACCCAAAGAAGUAAAGCAUGAGUUCUGAAUAAAGAUUUUUUUUUUUAAUGUAAAAA